UAUUGAAAAGUUUAACUUGAAGAAAUGUUGAAGUUUAACAAAUUAAAACAGGAUUAUAAAUAGGUUUUACUGAAUGAUAGUACGAGAAGAUAAUAAAAACUAACAACUUAGCUACACCUGAUAAUGAGCUUCAGCAGAAAAGAGCGCUACAUUGAAACAAUAGAAAAGAUAAUAAAAUAAAAUAAGUCGAGCCUACAUGAAUCCUCCUUAAUGUCUCGUAUCUCACCAUUAAAGAGUUAUUAUAGAAAUUUUCAACAAAUGUACUAAUUUACGAUGCUUAAAAAUCAAUCCAUCUUUAUUUGAUUUUGGCACUGUAAAUGAUUUUAUGACAUAUAGAACUACUAUUUGUUCAACUUUAUUAGAGUUACAUGUCACUCUGACACAUAUGCAAGACUGUCUUUGUAUACUUGAUGGGCGUUUUGAUCAACUUCGUAUACUUUAUAUUACUUUUCAUCAUAUUUGCUUUGAAUUUUCUGAAACUAAACAUAAUGUAGGUUAUUUUUAUUAAUAUCUUGUUUGUUUAAAUGAACUUAUAUUUAUCUUUUUUUUGUUUUCAUUUUCAGCAAAAACUAUUACCAAACUUACGGAUUUUUUCCUUGUGCUGCGAGACGAAGAUAUAUAGUUAUGAUAAAUCAAUUGUACCACUUCUACGUCGAAUGUUAAAUUUAGAAGAACUUGAUUUAAAUCUUAUAGUUAAAUAUUAUGGAAAGUUUAUUGAUGGUGAUAUAUUAAAAAAAGAUAUUAUUACUUAUAUGCUACGAUUAUAUAAAUUUACAUUUAAUAUUUGUUCAAUCAUUGAUCAUCGUGAUCAAAAUUAAUUUUCCAUUAAAUGAAUAUAUUCAGAAUCCAUUUAAAUAUAUUUCUAAUAAUCAAAUAAUUACUUCUAUUGAUCAUUUUCAAGAAAAAGGAUAUAGUCGAUGUCAUAUUUAUUCAUAUCCGUAGAAAUGGAAAUUUUAUAAUUAUAUAACAAAUAAUUUUCGGGAUGGAUUAUUAACUAAUGUUACUCGAGUAUCAUUAUAUGAUGAACAUCCAUUUGAAUAUAAAUUUUUUCUUCGAAUUCAAAUAUCAUUUCAAUUUAUGAAAAAAUUAACAAUAAAAAAUCGAAAAGCACAAAAAUAUAAACAAUUUAUAAAAUCAAAGAACAAUAAUCAAAUAUUGUCAAUUAUUGAAUAUUCUAAUCUUACUCAACUUGAUCUUAGUAACACUCAUGAUGAUUAUCUUGAAUUAUUUUUAUUUAAUACUAAUAUAUCUUUACCAAAUAAUCUUCAUCUUUGUGUCAAUUAUCAAUCAAUCAAAAGAGUAACAUAUUAUUUUACAAGAUAUCAUUGUGUAAAACUUGCUACGCUAUAUUGUGAUCCACUGAAUCAAAUGGUUGAAUAUAUAAAAAACUAUUUUCCUUAUACAUGUAUAUGUUCUACUGUUGAUUUUCGUUUCAUAAGAAAGAAAAGUUCACACACAUAUUUCAAUCGAUAUAUCUCUGCAACUACUUAA